AUGCAAGACACGGCAAUAUCUUUAGUUCGAUAUUCAAACAUGAAAAUCAUAGUAGUCAGUCUUUUUUUGGUGAUUUCCGUAGUGGGAAAACACCAAAUCAGUGCUAAAAGUGUGCUGAAUAGUACCUUGGGCAACGAAAUAGGUCAAGAUUCCUCCAUUUUGGGUGAUGAAUUGGGCCAGGAAAUCACACAAUUUGGUAAAGAGGGCGCCCAAAGCAUCUUAAAGUAUGGAGAAGCAGCGGCAAAUGCCAACUCAGGCUGGCAACUUGGAGAGGAUGGCAAUAUUCUUGGUCACGAACUGGGAGAAGAGGGCACUUUGUUGGGACAAGAGGCUUCCAACAGCGCCAUUAAUUUUGGACACCUAGUCUCCCAGGAAGCGGCAGAGGCAGCCAGUGCCGAAGCUAAAGCCAACCAAUCAACUAAGAAAUCUGUCUCCAAGAGAGAAAUUGCCAGUGGCUAUGAAAAUCCUGCGAUCACCUGUGCUUGCACCUGUUACAAUGAUGGAGCUGCUGCCAAGGUGGCACAAAAGGCAGCCGAAGCCGCCGCAAAUGCAGCUGGAAGUGUUGCUCAUGAUGCGGGAACUAUUGCUCAUGAUGCUGCCGGUGCGGCCUCGAGUGUGGCUGGAAGUGCUGCCAAUGCCGCUGGAACUAUUGCUCAUGAUGCUGCCGGUGCGGCCUCGAGUGUAGCUGGAAGUGCUGCCAAUGCCGCUGGAACUAUUGCUCAUAAUGCUGCCGGUGCGCUCUCGAGUGUGGCUGGAAGUGCAGCAAAUGCCGCUGGAACUAUUGCUCAUGAUGCUGCCGGUGCGGCCUCGAGUGUGGCUGGAAGUGCAGCAAAUGCCGCUGGAACUAUUGCUCAUGAUGCUGCCGGUGCGGCCUCGAGUGUAGCUGGAAGUGCUGCCAACGCUGCUGGAGAUGUUGCAAGUGCAGCAGGAAAUGUUGCUGGAAGUGCAGCUAAUGCAGCUGGAAAUGUUGCCGGUGAUGUUGCAAAUGCUGCUGGAAAUGCAGCAAAUGCUGCUGCCAAUGCUGCUGGAGAUGUUGCAAGUGCAGCAGGAAAUGUUGCUGGAAGUGCAGCAAAUGCCGCUGGAAAUGUUGCCGGUGAUGUUGCUAAUGCUGCUGGAAAUGCAGCAAAUGCUGCUGCCAAUGCUGCUGGAGAUGUUGCAAAUGCUGCUGGAAAUGUUGCCGGUGAUGUUGCGAAUACUGCUGGAAAUGUGGCAAAUGCCGCCGGGAACGUUCUAGGAGAUAUUGGAAAUGCAGCUGGAAAUGUAGCUGGGGAUGUUGCAAAUACCGCUGGAAAUGUUGCUGGUGAUGUUGCAAAUGCUGCUGGAAAUGUUGCUGGUGAUGUUGCAAAUGCAGCUGGAAAUAUUGCAAAUGAAGCUGGCCACAUUUUCCACUCCAUAUUUUAG